AAUCCUGAACGGCGUGGACCGGCCCGAAUCAGGUCAGCCCGGUUCAACGCUGAAGUUCCGUUUGGUUUUUCGAUUUUGGGUUUAAGUCGAUCAUCAUCAUCAUCAUCACUCGCACAGCUGGUGUACUGCACCGGUUUUCCUCUGAUUUCUUCAACAAGGUUCAUCUGAUCGUCCUUGGAGGCCAGGCUUAUUCAAAUUUGUGAAUCAAACAGUUGCCAAGCUUGGGUUGCAUGACACUUUGAGAAAACAUACACAAUCAUAAAUGGGUGAUACUAAUGACAGUAUAAAGCCCGAGAGAAUCAUUUUUGUAACUGUAGGAACAACUUGUUUUGAUGCUCUUGUUAGAGUGGUGGACACUCCGGAAGUUAGACAGGAAUUAUUUAACAAAGGGUAUACCCAUCUUCUCAUUCAAAUGGGCCGUGGAUCCUACAUCCCCACCAAGUCUAGUGGAGAAGGUGGGUGCCUGGCUGUAAACUACUUUACAUUCUCGUCUAGCAUUGCUGACAAUUUGAGAUCAGCAUCUCUUGUUAUCAGUCAUGCAGGUUCAGGGAGCAUAUUUGAGACGUUGAAGCUGGGUAAGGCUUUAAUUGUUGUAGUGAAUGAGGAUUUGAUGGACAAUCAUCAAAGUGAGUUAGCAGAAGAACUAGCAGAGAGGAAGCAUUUGUUUUAUGCUCGCCCUCAAACACUCUUAGACACUAUCAAGGGUAUGACAUUGGAGACUCUCAUUCCAUAUCAUCCGGGUGAUGCUAAACCAGUUGCCAAACUCAUUAAUCGGUUUCUUGGUUUUCCGGAUGAUUGAUUUAGCUGCAUAGUUGAGUUACGCAUUGGAAUUUUUUUAACUUUUCCCUGUUUUUUUGCUUCAUGUUUUGACGAGGCAUGAGCCGUCUGGAAAGCAUGUUGUGGAAAGUGUAUUAAGUCCAAUAUCAUUUGCUUGUGUUUUGUUUACAAAGUAUUUUUCAAGAAAGGGUGUCAUGAAAGGGAUUUUGGAUUCA